UAUGGAGCGCCAUCGGCAUUCUGCUGAACCUCGGCAGUAUCAUAGCCAUUUGCUAUUUUCGGCAACUGUUCCCUGUCAAUGCCGUCCUGGCAUCACCCAUCUUCCUCCUCUUCGGCGGAGGCGAGUUUGUGUUCCUGGCUAUGGUUACGAGCAUGACAAUCGACGUCAGUCCCGAGAAUAAACGAACGAACAACGUCUUCAUGGUGUUCAUACCAGAACUCAUUACUGGCAUCAUCGGGCCACCGAUCGGAGCUUGGCUAUUGUCAUGGAGUCUCUGGGCCGCUCUCAUCUCCGGCACCGCUGUUCUUCUCCUCGCAUUUGCUGUGAUGGGCUUCUCCCGGCGGAAACCUAGGAAAGGGAAUGCUGCGGGAGAAACAACGGACCCGGCCUGUAUUACAUACAACUGGUCUCUCGCUCAGGUAUCCAAUGUCCUUCCGCUGCUGGCGGUUCUCAACCUUGGCUUUGCCUUCGCCUUGCCUAGGUUGGCCGACACUAUCAGGACGGCCUCAGGCUUGACUUCUUGGGAGGUUGAUUGGGCGCUUAGCGUAGGAAGCGUGUUGCCUCUUGUAGUCGGCGCCGUAGUCAUCGGAUUGUGGCAGACGAUGGGGGGUACGAUUACGGGCUUGGUCAUCCAGACGGCGGGGUACGGAAACCGCCUUUUCCUGUUGUCCCUGUUACCUUCGAUGGUGCCAGCGGAUACUCUGGCUCAACUCUACAUGAUGCUGAGUCUGGUUGACACGAUUGGUGGAUUCGCCCGCUCUACACUCAUGGAAACCCUGUUCGGGUUGAGUCUUGGACUCAGGGGGAGAGGCACCGGGCUCCCUUUCAUGGUCUCCGCGGUGGGUACUUCGAGUCUACGGACAGGAUGGUACUGAUGACACUGACCUGGGACCAGUUCUGCCAGCUUGCCGCCGGGGGUCUUUUGUGUUUGAUGCGACCACAAUCGGAUGCUGUUUAGGGUUAAGGGAACGAGUGUAGAUUUCGUGCUGGUGUGAUGGAACAAGAUGAGACAUUCCUU